UGGCCGCCUGUCGUGUGUAGCGGUCGCUCCCAUGGUGCUUUCACAGGACCGAUUACUUCACUCGGGGUUGCUUUAGGCAAAUAGCGGGCACUUCUGAAGGGAUCUUAAAUACAUUGAGAUUGUCUCUAUGCCCCUGCCACAGUUUCAUUCAGACCAGCUCUUUUGCACAAGCAGCCAUGGCAGAGCCCAACCGGCCUCAGAGGAAGUUGUCCACUUCGGGGGACAGCCUGUACAAGGUGCUGGGCCUGGAGAAAGGGGCCGGUGCUGAUGACAUCAAGCGGGCCUACAGGAAACUGGCGCUGAAGUACCACCCGGACAAGAAUCCAGAUAAUCCGGAGGCGGCGGAGAAGUUUAAGGAGAUCAACAAUGCCAACUCGAUCCUCAACGACGACACCAAGCGCAAGCUGUACGACGAGUACGGCUCCAUGGGCCUGUACGUGUCCGAGCAGUUUGGCGAGGAGAGCGUCAAGUACUAUUUCCUCAUGUCCAAGUGGUGGUUUAAGGCCCUGUUCCUGUGCUGCACGCUGUCGUCGUGCUGCUGCUGCUGCUGCUGUUGCUGCUUCUGCUGCGGCAAGUGCAAGCCGCCCGAGGACGACGAGAACUACCAGUAUGUCAACCCAGAGGACCUGGAGGCCCAGAUCAAGGCAGAGGAGGGCAGCGGAGCCCGUGGCGCCCCUAUUGUGAUCCAGCCGCAUUCCAAUGUCAACUCCUCCUCCUCUGCCGAGACCACCCACUUUGCAGCCAGGCAGCCCAGCUACACCAAUCAACAGUGAGAGCCUCAACCGUGGCCCCGCCCCGGCCUAUCCACCGCCAACUUGUACUACAACGCCCACCUGCCCACCAACCACCGAGCGCCGCCGGUCCACAUACUAACUGACUAACUACACCCUCCCCAUCAACCAACACUUCAACCCCUCCCAUCAACUUCACAACCCCCCUCUCACCAACCAGCCGUGGGGGCCUCCACCGAGGAUCCCCAGCCCAUCUACCACCAACCCAUGGGCGUAAGUAUACCCCCGCAGGCCUCACGAGGCAGGUGGGCCCAUACGAGGUGAAGGGCCCACAUGGGCCCUUGACUUGAAGAAACGGGCCCCCUCCACGUGAUAUUAGGCCCUCUUUUUUUCGUUUGGGGGCCCAUUCUUGGUAGCUUGCCGGGGGGCCUGAAGUACUUGCGUUGCGCCAGUGCACCAACCGUAUUCCCCUCCGACCCACCUACCAACCACUAAGGCCCAGUCCAUAUAUUAACCACCCCGCACCAACCAGCAGUCAAGCGUCCACUGAGCCACUCCCUGGAUCCACUGGCAACUUCACUACCCAGCUGACACCAUCGAGCAAGGGUAUGCCCACCGACCAAACCCCCUGGAUCCUUCUACCAUCACCAGCUUCAAGUGCCCCCCUCCCGCGUCAACCAUCACUGGGGCGCCCAUCGCAUCGGUCACCCCUCCCACCC